AUGAGUCCUAGUGAUUCUUUUUUCCCGCCUCCGACGUUACGCAUUCAGCGUAAUCCGAGCUCCAAAACGAAUGCAUUAGACAACUCGCUGCUUCGAAGCAAGUCACAACCAUCGGCUGCUGAAAGUGGAGCGUCUAACACUACGCGUCGACGGGGCAAAAGUGUCGUUGAGGGACGCGACCAUGAAGUACGUCGAGAAACCAAUGUUAUCGUAGAUGACAUCGCACAACCGCGUUUCAUGUCCCAUCCCUACGAGAAUGCAAACGAUCCGACUUCGAGUAGCAGCAGUAGACCUGCUGGUGGCAACACGUCGGGGCCGUCGCGCCUCGACUUGAAUCGCCUGUUCUCGAGGUCAAAUACAACAACAAAUAACGCGGCCAUUGAAGAUGGCGAACAAUGCGACACAACCUCAGAACCGACCUUGCUGCCCUCACAACGUGUUUCGGGUGGUGGCAAAGACAUCGUGCGCGAAAGUUUGAAAGAGCCUCCCGCACCACCAUACUCUGAGUUUGGCCCAGGUACGCUGGACGAAGGACCGUACAUGGCUCAGUCGUCGUCUUCGCCUGCUAAUUUCAACUUUUUCAGGAAAGGCAACGGCACUCCAACAGAUAUUGCCAACAUGAACGGCCUCUUGUCGCCAAGUAGCAGGAGUCAAAACGACAUCCCGCUGAUCCACAUUGAUAAAAAUGAAGGCGGUGAAUCGCUGCCUCAAUCGCACGUUGUCUUUAUGGACAAUAACUAUGCUGAUCAUGAUACAUACGAUGAUGACAACAAGGACAUUGAUACCACCCGGGACAUUUCUGACAUGGCUUACGAUGCCAGUUUUCUACCGGAAAAUCCAGUGCCAGACAACCAGCAUACCUCAGGUUCGAUACUUGGCAGUAUUGUGCCGAGAAUCACGUCAUUGUGGCCCGGUAGUCACCAGGAUGAGUCCGACUCCCGCCACCAUGCUGAUGAGCAGCUGAGGCACCAACAGUCGCCACAUCCGCAACUUGCCGAAUAUGAAGUGGUUGGCAAUUCAAAUGGGAUGAGCCGCAGUGGCAGUCGGAAUGGUGCAGGAACGCCAAAUCGCAAAACACCUCGAGAAGAGCAGCACCCAGCCGUUUUGCACUCGGAUGAAAUGGUCGACUACUUGGACGUACUGGACCCUGCCGUCGGCUUCUUUAAUACGUUGCAAGACUACGGUAAUAGUGCGAUGCUGCCGAACUUGCCGUGGCUUUACAAUCGACGGCCGACUCUCCGGCUGAAUCAGGUUGUCCCCCAGAAUGAGAUCCAGCGUCUGAAGGAGGAACAAACGCCUAUGUCGCCCGAUUCAUUCGACCUCAAGCGCGGCAAUGCUUCGACUUCAUUUAGGCCGGCCGCGGCAGCGGGGGAUGAGACGUUGUUACAGCCUCCGCCGCUGACACUCCCACCAGCGGAUCCCGUCGAGACUCCCUCGUCACAGCCUCAGCCGCAUCCAAGUGACGCAGUCGUGGUCAACAUGCCGGACGAAUAUGUGAAUGAGCGUGAGCGAGCAAACUCUGACGGCACCUUUGGGAAUUGGAGCACCGAUCGAGACAGCUUGAGCCGCAAAGAUACCAGCGAGACUGUCGAGGCGGUGCCAUCGUCAGGGGCGGGGAAAGGAUCAAUGCGCACAGAUGCCAAAGAGAACGACGAUCCACACACUGAGCGGUACUGGGCUAUGGACAAAGAGGAGCGCGAAGAGCUCGAGGCCCACGUCCGGUAUCUGCUCACACGGAAGUCCAAGACCCGGCGCAUGCUCCGCGGCUUUGUCAACUUUGUCUGCACACCCAUGGGCUUUAUUCUCACGACCUACAUCUUCCUCAUAUUCUCCUGGGGCGUCGUUAUUUUCCUCCUGAUCGUCAACUGGGUCCAUGUCGAGCCAUACCAUCGCCGGCGGGUGUGGAUCGAAGUGUGUGACCAGGUGCUUUGUGCGCUGUUUGUUCUGCGUGGUGUCGGCUUUAUGCCGUUCCGCAUGGUCGAUACGUACCACAUGGCGCAUAUUGCACACCUGCACUUCCUGACGUACCGACGCCGCAGGUUGCUCCACUUGCCUGAGCUUCAGAACAAGAACGAGCUUCCUCGCUACACACGCGACCGACUCGAAAGUGUCACCGGCCCCAACAGCGCACCUGAGCGCACGCCUGGAUCCGGCCGCAAGCGCAGUCGUAGGACGCGUAGCCGUGACGAGCGUGACAGUGAAGAGGCUGCAACCGCGAAUGCAAGCAAAGACAUGGAGCUGCAGGACCCCGUCAGGGACCUGGAGUCGAUCGGCGUCAAAAACGUCGACCAUGUUCGCACACAACCGUACCACUUUGAGCAGCUCUUACGGCCGUUGCCAGGCCUGCCGGGUUCCACGCAUCAGACAGUCGAAGAGAUCGAGAAGGCACGGCUGAAACGUACGCCAUCGAUCCAGUCCUGGGUGGAAAAGAACACGCAUGAAGUCAGUGUGCUCACGCCAUCUGAGCAAGCGCAGCUCCAGCACCAUCAGCACUGCUUCCAUUCCUCCCACACGUUCUACCGGUAUCGUGAGACUGCGACUCACCGUCCCUUCCCGCUCUGGCUCAUGAUGACCAUUGUAGUCCUCCUGGAUGUAUACUCAUUUCUUCAGGCAUGUCUUGCAGGGACGACUUGGGGGAUUCGAUACGAGCACAGGCCGACGGCCCUCACAGCUACGAUCAUUAGUUGCUCGCUCUCGUGCAAUGCAAUCGCAGGAAUCCUCAUCUGGCAAGGUGGCAAACGCACCCGCAAGACAGAGGUCGUACAGCGGCGCGUCAAGCUGGCCCUCGAGGAGCAAGCGAUUCAGCGUAUGGAUCGCAAGCGCCGCAAAGCCGCGAGGCUUGCUGAGUCUGGUCUUAUGUCGGGGCAGAAAGAUCGGCGCUCGACCAUCCUCGACGUUGGUGAUAUGGCGAAUUGUAAGAUAGAAGCUGCUACGUCAGACGUAGCCGAUGUUGUACAAUAA